CAGCCUCACCCUGCCCGCGAGAACGGCCAGACCUUGCCAGCAGCUGAUGACUUCCGUCGCUCGUCAAUUUCCUGAACGGCUGGCAUUUAAACACCAGCUGCGGCACCAGGGGAGGAUGCUGUUGUGAUUCAGCUACCUCUUCUCCAGAGCUGCAGCAUGCACCCUCCGGGAGCAAAUCAGCGCCUCGGUCCCACCUCUACGAUCUGAAAGGAAAGAGUGAAUGAAGUUUAGCAUUUAAUUGCCUCGCAAACCGGGCUGGGGGGAGGCAUUUUCAUUUUGCAUUAUAAUUGCAAUUCAAGAUGAGUUUUUAUGCAAAUGCUUAAAAAAGCCUCCCUAUUGCAGAUUUAAACCCACAAAACCAUCAAAGCUCCAGUUGUGGUUAACAAGAGAUCCUGGACGAAAUCCAGGGCAGUCAUCUCAUCUUCCAUUGAUGCAAGAAAAAGGACGUUGUUGUGCAGCCACUACGGGUAUUUCAUCCCCCCUCUCCACUGCAUCCUGCCCUAGUGUCUUGCUUUGCAUAACAGAGAAUGCUCUUUCCUAGAGGAUAACCAGCAACCUCUGGAGAUAAACAGAAAUUUGCUGCUUUAACAUAAACAAAUAUACAGUGACUAAAUUUAGGAAUUGCUGCCUGGAACCCUCCCCAGAAAGCCCACCGGCUGAACUAUAUACCUCUUCUGCUCUGUGCUUUGGAGACCAAGCUUCACUGAAAAGGAGAGAGCACUGAAAGGCAAUCACCUCUCCGGCCAUUCCAUCAUGUUCAGCUGGUUGGGUACCGAUGACAGGAGGAGGAAAGACCCUGAAGUGUUCCAGACUGUGAGCGAGGGACUCAAAAAGCUCUACAAAACCAAGCUGCUCCCUUUGGAAGACUACUACAAAUUCCACGAGUUUCAUUCGCCAGCCCUGGAAGAUGCUGACUUUGAUAAUAAGCCAAUGGUGCUGCUGGUGGGGCAGUAUUCCACUGGGAAGACCACCUUUAUCAGGUACCUGCUGGAACAGGAUUUCCCAGGGAUGAGAAUUGGACCAGAGCCUACGACUGACUCCUUCAUCGCAGUGAUGCAGGGGGACGUGGAGGGGAUCAUUCCUGGUAAUGCACUGGUGGUGGAUCCAAAAAAACCCUUCAGGAAACUCAAUGCUUUUGGCAAUGCUUUUUUGAACAGAUUUGUAUGUGCCCAGCUGCCCAAUCCAGUUCUAGAGAGCAUCAGUGUGAUCGAUACUCCAGGGAUCCUUUCAGGAGAGAAGCAAAGAAUUAGCCGAGGUUAUGACUUUGCAGCCGUGUUGGAGUGGUUUGCAGAGCGGGUCGACCGCAUCAUUCUCCUCUUCGAUGCCCACAAGCUGGACAUCUCAGACGAGUUCUCUGACGUCAUCAAGGCACUGAAGAACCACGAGGACAAGAUGAGGGUGGUGCUCAACAAGGCUGACCAAAUCGAGACCCAGCAGCUGAUGCGCGUAUAUGGCGCCCUCAUGUGGUCCCUGGGGAAGAUCGUCAACACGCCUGAGGUGAUCAGGGUCUAUAUCGGCUCCUUCUGGUCCCAUCCGCUGCUGAUCCCUGACAACCGCAAACUGUUUGAGGCCGAGGAACAGGACCUGUUCAGGGAUAUUCAAAGCCUGCCCCGCAAUGCAGCCCUGCGGAAGCUGAACGAUCUCAUCAAGCGGGCACGGCUGGCCAAGGUCCAUGCCUACAUCAUUAGCUCCCUGAAGAAGGAAAUGCCAUCAGUGUUUGGUAAAGACAAUAAGAAGAAGGAGCUUGUGAACAAUUUGGGGGAGAUUUAUAGCCGGAUCGAACGGGAGCAUCAGAUCUCACCAGGAGACUUCCCGAAUCUCAGAAAGAUGCAGGAUCAGCUGCAGGGUCAAGAUUUCAGCAAAUUCCAGCCACUGAAGAGUAAACUGCUGGAGACAGUGGAAGACAUGCUGGCCAAUGACAUUGCACAGCUCAUGGUGCUGGUACGCCAGGAAGAGUCCCAAAGGCCCAUGCAGAUGGUGAAGGGAGGUGCCUUUGAGGGCACCCUGCAUGGCCCAUUUGGACAUGGCUACGGCGAAGGAGCGGGAGAAGGAAUCGAUGAUGCAGAGUGGGUGGUGGCCAGAGACAAGCCCAUGUACGAUGAGAUCUUUUACACACUGUCGCCCGUCGAUGGUAAAAUAACUGGGGCCAAUGCCAAGAGGGAGAUGGUGAGAUCCAAGCUGCCCAACACCGUGCUGGGUAAGAUAUGGAAACUGGCUGACAUCGACAAGGACGGGAUGCUGGAUGAUGAGGAAUUUGCCUUGGCUAAUCAUCUCAUUAAGGUCAAGUUGGAAGGUCACGAGCUCCCAAAUGAACUUCCUUCCCAUCUCCUCCCUCCAUCCAAGAGGAAACUGACAGAGUGAAAAGAAGGUCACCGGAGAGACACAGGAGGAUGGGGAAAGAGAGAAGACCCAGAGACACGUUUACUUAAAUUAUACCUUUAGAUGUGAGGUCACGUUUGGAUUUAUAACAAUUUUAAUGUACAAAGGAAAACCUAAAGCAAAACAAAAAAGCUCUGCCCUUUCUCAUAAUAACAUGCAACUAACUCUUCCUAUGUAAUGUCCUUGCUUCCUAAUGUGUAGUCUGUAAAGAUGAAGGGAAAGGAAAGGCUUAGAGGCAGUGGCAGAAGUUGACAGAAGGGGGUGGAGGGAAGAAUCAAGUAGGCUGUGUCUUCUGGGGUUGGAUUAGGCACAAGUUAUCUGAGGAUAAUCUCCAGAGUCAUUCCUGAACUUCAUCCACGCUAUUUAGUUGGGUUCAGACGCAGCCUGAGAUUUGUGAAAUUCCUGGUGGGAAAGGAGAAGCGACACAAAAGUCCCUGAGCUGCAGAUCAAAGUAAAAGACCACAUCACCGUUAGUGAUGAGCCCCCACAGAAACCCCAGAUAAAAGCCCUCAUGGACAGGGUCUAUAGAGGUGUCUGCAGUCUGGAUCCAGAUCUAGUUAUGAAUUUUCCAAGUGGCCCCUGUCAUUAGGGCGGGCUCAGCCAAAACAGCAGCUCUGAACACACGCAAACUUCAUUGCUUUUGAAAUCUGGAUCUGAAUUUGGCAGCUUGAAUUCCUCUAACCACAGUGGGUCAGAUCCAACAAGCUACUGAGCACCUGUAUCUCCCAUUGACACCAGUGGGAGAUUCCGACUCAGGGCAUGGCCAAGCAAAUGAUAAUACAACCCACAGGAAAACAAAGAAGGAGGGGACGAAGGCAUGGAGAUAGUUGAAUGUUUAGAGGCAGAGAUCAGAUGGUUUAGAGGGGAGGAAUUUCCCCCACUUCAUCAUCCUCAAAUAAUCCACUGAAUGUGUCAUACGGAACUGCUCAGUGUUUUCCUCUUCUGAAAGCUUUCUGGACAAUGGAUGGUAUUUAUCAUUCCAAGAAAGUGAUAUGUUUACCUGUUAUCACAGAAGUGUGUACAAUGAAAACCGCAAGCUCAUGUUCUUAU